AUUUGGUCGCUAGGUAAACAAAAUUCUCCACAUGAAGAUAUACCUCAAUAAGCUUCUACAAAGAGCACUGUACACCUAAUCUGCAUGCAUAGGCUUUUCUAUACCUAAAACCCCCUGGCACGCCGUCAAUCCCGAUCCACUGAAGGAAAAAAGAGGAAAAAACUCCCCCAAGAAAUGACCCUAACCACACCACAUAUCACGGCAAACAGCUUCCUAACAACAACGACCACCACCAGCACAAGCUCCACAACGACAGAUGACCCAGAGCCCGUACUAAUAUACUUCAUCACCGGAAACCCAGGGCUUAUAUCCUACUAUCAUGCAUACCUUUCCCUUCUAAGUUCAGAACUCUCUCCUGGUACCGAUGUUGAUGGUUGUGGUGCUCCUGAUAGCGGGAGCUGGAGCAACAGCAACAGCAACCGCAACAUCCCCCAAUGCAUCAUCCAUGGAAAAAGCAUGGGCGGUUUUGAGAUUAUUGAAAAUGACCGAGGUGUGAGUAACGUUAAUGGAGGGACAGAAGCGCAAGCGCACCCAAGAGCAGCAGCAGCAACGAAUACGAAGCUAUACAACCUCUCAGAACAGAUUGAGCAUGUGGAGCGCAACCUGAACGAUUUCGUGGAUGCAUGGCGUGCGAGGAUGGAUUGGAGACAGGAGACGGACGGCAACGGCGUUGCUCAAGAAGAAGAAGAAGAAGGAGGAGGAGGAGUAGAACGACGGCAGCGCGGAGGUGCUAAUGUGAUUUUAAUCGGCCAUUCGGUUGGUGCGUAUGUCGCUAUGGAGCUCAUAAGACGACAGCGGGAGAGGAAUAGUAAGAGGCAGACGAAGACAUCAUCAUCAGCCGGCAAGGGGGAAUGUGGAAAUGGAAAUGAUGGUGCGAUGGACAUUAUCGGCGGAAUCCUGCUGUUUCCGACUGUGGUUGAUAUUGCGAAGAGUUCGUCUGGGAGGAAGUUGACUCGACUUCUCUACAUUCCUUACCUAGCCUUACUCACAAGCCUGCUAGUCAAGCUCCUCGUAUUUAUACUGCCGGGAUCUUGGUUACGCAGCGUGGUGGGGAUGGUUAUGGGUUCGCCCCCAGGAAACGCAAUUGACACAACAGUGGAGUUUUUAAGGAGUAGACGGGGUGUUGAGCAAGCGAUACACAUGGCCGCAGACGAAAUGCGCGAGAUAACAUCCGACACAUGGAGUGACGAGAUUUGGGGCAUAGUUUCGUCAUCACCCGCACGUUCAUCAACGCCAAUAUCAACCACAGCUUCAGUGCCAGCAAAGGUACCACUGAAUCUGGUGCUAUAUUUUGCACAGCAAGAUCAUUGGGUAGCUGAUCAGACGAGAGACGAUAUUAUUCGAGCUAGGGGUGGUAUGGAAAAGGGCACGGGUAGUAAUGGUCCCAGGAUGCAAGUGUGCGAGGAUGGAGUGGUGCAUGGGUUUUGCAUUCGGCAUAGCGAUAUCAUGGCAAAAAAGACCGCCGCGUGGGUGAGGGAUAUUAUCCAAGGGCGACAGAACGGCCAGCGGUUCACUACAACCGCGUAGGCAGAUAGGCAAUACAUAGACCCAUACUCUCAAUAGAUCCCUUGUUUUUGUCUGGCAGAGAGACGGCGCAUGGGGAUGCCGAAGACAUAAUCAAUAGGUGUCACAAAAAGCCGUAGGAACAGACUAUCUAGCUAUUUGCCAAAGUCCUCCCGUCCAAUUAAGGCCUAAGUCGUAUAUAGAAACUACAUUCAAGUAGCCUCUAGGUCACUGUGCGGGAGCUUGAUAAGCCUUUCUGAAAAGCGCACCAAGUACAUCACUUCCUGCGGUGGUUGUUGGUAACUGCGGUGGAGCAGCGGGCGGAACUGGCCAAUACCCGCUUCCCUGCUGCCCGUGAUGUUGAUGUUGAUGAUGUUGCUGCUGCUGCUGCGUUUCUGAAUCGACGUUUCGUAACGCGGGACUGUGAACCUUCACGCUCCACUCAUCAUCCUGCUGCCUCUGCUGUCCAAACAACUCUUUCAGCGAAAUCUGCCGAUCCAUGGGCACACCACCCUGAUACAACUCCUGAUCUCCAUGAACCUGCGCAUCACCCAGGUUUGCCUCCGCAGCAGCCCUCUCCUGCGCAAAUUUCCUACUCUCCCCACCAUGCACUGCACACUCUUUAAUAAUCUGCGCAUUCAACGUCCUAGUCUCCGCCGUGGAGCUAGGAGGGGGCUCCGAGAAGAUCCACAGCCCAUAAAUAACCGACUGACGACCAUCCGCCGACUUGAUCGUGGUCGCGCUAGGCUCCGUGCCCGUCGACGCAACUUUCAAAAUGACAUAUUCCUCCGUAAUCUCCACAUCCUCGCCGUCCGCAAGCAUGGCUUCGAAAUUCUGCAUGCCGCGCCGGUUCAGGACCAGCACACUAUAGCGCUCCUCGCCCAGCUCGCCCUGGGUCAGCUGGCAGACAAACAUGGUGCCUUCGAUGCCGCUCUUCUCCCACAGCUGCGUCGUAGCGCUGAAAUUGUAGACGACAGCGUAGGGGGCGAGGGAGAGGAUGGAGCGGAUGUCUGGAUUGUGGCGCUGGAGUACGGCGAGGUUGAGCUCUUCGUUCGUGCGCGUUGGGGGUUUUAGCUGCGAAGGGUCGGUGGCCAUAGAGGAGGAGCCGUUGGCGGCAAUCCGGGUGUCUGAGAUGUAGUUAUUUUGAAUAUCUGAUUCGUAGUCAGAAGGCUGGGCCAGGUUUGAGGGAUUGCGGUUGUGGGAGGAUCGAUAGGAGGGUUGUUGAUGAUUGUUGCUGGGCAUGUUACUGCUCCGGUCUUGACCCCGUCUGAGAGGCAUGGCUGCGGCUGCUCUAUUAUGCUACUGUACUGUGUAUUGUAGUUAUGUUCCAGUUG